CGACGCAUUCCACUCCCCUUGAAAUCUCCCUCUCUCUCUCUCUCUUUCUCGCUUCGCCUCCGAGAAGCUCGGUCUCACCUCACGCACCACCAACACAGUCUUCUCCCCGCCCCGAUCACCGUACCGACCGACGGACCGCGAGCGGCGCCGCGGCUGACCCAGCGUACGUGAUGUGGCGCCAUGCGGCGGCCCGGCGGUCGGCGCAGAUCCGGCGGCUCCUGUCCACGUCCGCCCCCUCGGCGGGCGCCGGCGCCGCCGUGCGCGGCCCCUGCAUCGUGCACAAGCGCGGCACCGACAUCCUCCACGACCCCUGGUACAACAAGGACACGGCGUUCCCCCUCACGGAGCGCGACCGCCUCGGCCUCCGGGGCCUGCUCCCGCCGCGGGUCAUGUCCUUCGAGCAGCAGUACGAGCGCUUCAUAAACUCGUACCAUUCGCUGGAGCACAACACGCAGGGGGAGCCCGAUUCCGUGGUCUCGCUGGCCAAGUGGAGGAUCCUUAACAGGCUGCACGACCGGAACGAGACGUUGUACUACAGGGUGCUAAUUGACAACAUCAAGGAUUUUGCGCCCAUCAUAUACACCCCUACUGUGGGCUUGGUCUGCGAAAACUACAGCGGGCUGUUCAGGCGUCCCCGCGGGAUGUACUUCAGUGCAAAGGAUAAAGGGGAGAUGAUGUCGAUGAUUUACAACUGGCCAGCAGAGAAGGUUGACAUGAUAGUUGUGACUGAUGGGAGUCGCAUUCUAGGUUUAGGUGAUCUUGGAGUUCAGGGCAUAGGCAUACCUAUUGGUAAACUUGAUGUUUAUGUUGCAGCUGCUGGUAUCAACCCACAGAAGGUUCUCCCAAUAAUGCUUGACGUGGGAACAAAUAAUGAAAAACUCCUUGAAGACAAGCUAUAUUUAGGAUUGAGGCAACCUAGGUUGGAAGGAGAGGAAUACUUGGCUGUUGUAGAUGAGUUCAUGGAAGCUGUUCAUGCACGGUGGCCUAAAGCAAUUGUGCAGUUUGAAGACUUCCAAAUGAAAUGGGCAUUUGAAACUCUUCAGAGGUAUCGGAGCCGAUUUUGCAUGUUCAAUGAUGAUGUGCAGGGGACAGCAGGAGUUGCUCUAGCUGGUCUACUUGGAGCUGUUAGAGCACAAGGUCGACCCCUCGCAGAUUUUACUAAGCAGAAGAUAGUUGUGGUGGGAGCUGGAAGUGCUGGGAUAGGUGUGCUUAACAUGGCUAAACAUGCAAUGCUAAGGAUGCCAGGGACCCAUAAAAUUGGAGAACUCGGCGAAGGACACAAUCAAUUCUGGGUUCUGGACAAAGAUGGCCUUAUUACCAAAAGUAGAAAGGAUCUGGAUCCAGCCGUUGCUCGUUUUGCUAGAGGUUACGGUCCUGAAGAGGUCGAAGAUCUCCAUGAGGGGGCUAGUCUUGUUGAAGUGGUCAAGAAAGUGAGGCCUCAUGUUCUUUUAGGACUAUCUGGAGUUGGCGGGAUAUUUAACGAGGAGGUUCUCAAGGCUAUGAAAGAAUCCGACUCCCCCUGCCCUGCAAUUUUUGCAAUGUCCAACCCAACAACUAAAGCUGAAUGUACGCCUGAAGAUGUAUUCAAGCAUGUUGGUGAAAAUGCAGUAUUUGCUAGUGGAAGCCCUUUCAGUAAUGUUACUUUAAGCAAUGGUAGAAAAGGCUAUGCUAAUCAAGCAAACAACAUGUAUCUGUUUCCUGGGAUUGGUUUAGGAGCCCUUCUUUCAGGUGCUCGGCAUAUAUCGGAUGGCAUGCUACAUGCUGCAGCUGAGUGCCUUGCUUCAUACAUCACAGAUGAUGCAAUUCGAAAAGGAAUCCUCUUUCCUUCAAUUUCAAGUAUCAGGCACAUCACCGCACGUGUCGGCGCUGCAGUCGCCCGUGCUGCUGUUGAUGAAGAUUUGGCCGAGGGAUGCUCUGACAUGGAUCCUCGGGACCUCAGGAGCAUGUCAGAGUCGGAUACGGUGGAUUACGUGGCUCGGAAGAUGUGGUACCCUGUUUACAGCCCACUUGUGAAUGACAAGUAGUGUUCGACGAAGCACACCUGAAGAGACAUAUCAGGCACAUACAUUUGUUCUGAUUAGUGAAUACUUUGCUAUUUCGGUUUAGCUGCUCUACCUGGGAGCAUUUCAGCAGAUACUGCUGCCACGUCUACUGGCUAUGUUGUUGCCUCAUUUGUUUACGUUGACAGGUUCAUCAAACAUUGCUCAGUUUUGAGACCCGUUGAGCUACAGUUAUGUCCCGUGUCGUAGGACUUGAAUAAAUGUCUGAUGUUGGCAGUC